GAUUUCACCGUCUACGGCGGCCCUUCGGAGGAAUGGCUAGCAGUCGAGAAGACACUGCCUGCGACAUCUUUGGACACAAGCAUCGACCCAUACCAACUCCGCGAAACCGUGAACAAACAGAGAGCAGAGGUAUCGCAAUCUGUGUUCAACGAUCUCAAAUCUCAAGUACAUGUCGAGGACUACUCCAUUCCCACCCGCGAUGGAGAUAAGCUCGAAGCGCGAUCGUACCGCUCAGUCAAGACAGACAAAACCGAGCAAUUACCAAUCUACCUCUACUUCCACGGCGGAGGCUUCAUCUUCGGCUCCAUCCAAAGCGAGGACGCAGUUCUCGCAAAGACGGCCAUCCAGACGGGCGUCGUGGUGCUACAUGUCAACUACCGCCACACUCCUGAGCAUGUCUACCCGACCGCAUGGCUUGAUGCACAGGACGCUUUCGUCUGGCUGCACAAGAACACGGAGCUGUUGGGCAUCGACCCCGAGAAGGUUGUCAUUGGUGGUGUAUCUGCAGGCGCGCAACUUACCGAGGCUCUUGUGCUCGAGAAACACCUCGGGACAAGUGACGUGCUGAACGGGUUGCCACAGAUCGCAGGACAGAUUCUCAUUAUCCCACCUGCUGCGCACCUUGACACGUAUGCAGAGGGCCCCGCAAAGAAACUCAAGAAUCCAUCAUAUACGUCCUAUGAAGAGAAUGAAUUUGCACCAUUACUUCCGAGGAAGACGAUUGAUUUCUUCAUUAACCUUCUGAAGGUUGGGAAAGUUGACUUCAAGGACCCUAAGUUGAACCCAGUCAACUUUGAGCCUGAAGAGGUCAAAGGACUACCACCCACUGUAUUUGGAAUUGCGGGUCUAGAUCCUUUGAGGGACGAGGGUCUGCUGUAUGCAAAACUUCUCUCCGAAGCUGGAGUUCCAACCGAUACGAGGUUAUUCAAAGGUGUUCCUCAUGGAUUCAGGAGGUUUGGAGCUGCAUUGAAGGCUUCCGAGCAGUGGGAUCUCGCAGUUGAAGAAGGCAUCCACUGGGCUUUGAGUAAACCAGCCGCUACUGGCAAAUUUGAUAUCAAAGUC